AUGGAGCUAUCUGCAGAACGAUCGCCCAACACAUCCUACGCGCCCGGACUAACGGAUGCGCUGCGCUUACAGGUGCCCAAAGCCCGGGGAUCAGGCCGAUCAGGCCCACGCCGCCGCACCGGCUGCUUGACAUGCAGGGCUCGAAAAGUACGCUGCGACGAAGCAAAGCCGAGCUGCGCCAACUGUGACCGAUUGCGUCUGCGUUGUAUCUACAAACCCCCCAUCGCCCUCGGAUCGUGGGCCUCGUCCCGCCGGUCUGUUGACUUGACCGCAGCGCAUGCGCAUCGAGUCACACAGACGGCUCCCACGCCCGCCCUAGGUCCUGUAUCGGCGGCUGCUGCCGUGGCAGGCGCUUCGCAGCGCUCGCCAUUCCUUAACUUCUUCGGUACUGUGCUUCGCUCGGACGAUCAACAUCGCACCAUCCCGGCACCGACAACACCGAUCCGACGACUGUCCCGCGAUACAGAGUCAUACCCGGCGGAAUUAGGAGGAACGUUUGACAUGCUUGGAUUUAUGGGAGGCAUUACAUCGGAAUUGGAGCAGAAGCAUCUCGAUUUGACCAGCGGGCUGUCGGAAUUCACCACCGGUUUAUCCGCGCAGUCAUUAUCUGCAGGCAUGGCUGGAAGUAUGACAGACGAUGGACAACUUAUUGCCGAAAGACGCACGCCACUCAGUCCUGAUGGGUCGUCGUCGAUAGUGGAUGGGAUGUCGAUUGGAAGUGCAUCAGAUGCAGCGACUACACGUGGGAGUUGGUCUGAUCCGGGUAGCACCACGUACGAAGAGCAGCUGCUUCAGCAUUUUCUAGCCAUCGAUCCCCCGGCAGCCAUUUUCGGACCAGUGUCGAUGGAGUGGAAAUAUGUUCGGCCAUCGGUGCUGGCUCGUGCGCGGGACUUUAGUCCCCUUCUGAAUGCGUUAGGGAAACGCUGGCGCUGGGCACCCACAUACUACCGAGUUGCAAGCUCGGAGAUGCAGGCAUGUCUCCUCGGUGACGUGUCUGACUCAAAACUGGUCACGGUAUUUGCAGCUGUGUUUUUCUUAAUGUUAUCCGAGAUCUACUCCUCUCCCGAACUGUCUUCUCCCGGCACAUCCUAUCUCCAUUCGUCAUACCUCCUACUGCAAAGGUUCAACGACCGCACUCGAAAUUGGACUGGGCUUGGACAUGUAUUAGUGGCAUGGAUUUCUCUUCUUGAUGUCAAAUCAUUGAUUGCAGGUCGUGACGGUGACCCACUGACUGAAUUGGGCAAUAUAUCGAACAAUAAGCCCUUGACGUCCAACCCCUCAGAGACACAGGGACCUCAGUCGUCUCGAACAUCUUCAACAGAGGAUGAUGAGACGGAAGACCCAUUCCGCAGUCCUAGCUACCUAGUUUACGAAGCGAUCGUGGGCCCAGCUUUCCGCUUCUUCGUGCAGGCGCAGCAAGUUGUGCGGCGCAUAGUCUGCAUUGACUUACACCACCGCAGCCGCGGAACACUCAGCGACGAGUUCGAGGUUCUCCAGAUAGCACACAAAGUUGGUGCAGAUCUCGAAGCAUUAUGGCACCGACGGCCCUCUGUGAUUGACGUAUAUGAACAACCAGAAGCCCUAACCGACACUCUCUGUGCACCUGUGGCCAUCGAAGUAUGUCGCACGUUCAGGCAAUACGUGGCCAAUUUUCUUGCCAAUUUCAUCUACCUUCACCGCGUCGCAUUUGCUAUCUAUCCACGCACAGAUCGUGUCAAUGGGGCUGUCGACCAGAUCAUUCAACUAGCCGGCGUGGAGUCUGCCGGUGCAGGGGCAAGUCAUCUCCCCGUUAGCUUUCUAUGGCCUCUCUUCGUUGCGGGCUUAGAAGGCUCGCCCGAACAACGUCAGUGGAUUGUACAGGAGAUGCAGCGCAUGGCAGCUGCUGAAAAUACUGAUCCUGCUACAUUAAUCUCCCGUCACCCGGCUGCCAAUAAGGUCUUACUAUUGUUAGAGGAGAUGACGCGGCGACAAGAUGCGUCACGCACAUGGGCAGACUCACGAUGUGUGCGGCGAGAACUCUUCUCCGACUUCUUUGUCAUGAUUUGA